AUGGUAUGGGACGCUGCUAAGGCAGUUAUACGAGUUCAUCGUCGAGGCAAAAAGAAGAAAAAGAAAAAUAAAUUUGGUGCUACGUCGCCACCAUUCAUCGAUUACUUGAAGGAGAUUUUGAGAAGGUACCCAGAUGGGGGACAAAUAUUGAAGGAGCUGAUACAGAACGCAGAUGACGCAGGAGCUUCAACUGUGGUGUUUAUUCAUGACGAGAGACGUUAUGGCGCUCACAGCCUGUGGACUGAAGAGCUUGGAAAAUAUCAAGGACCUGCUCUCUAUGCUUUCAAUGAUGCAGCCUUUACGGAGGAAGACUGGGAGGGGAUUCAAAGAGUUGGCAGAAGCAUCAAGCAGGAUGACCCAACGAAAGUUGGGAGAUUUGGGAUCGGUUUCAACUCUGUUUAUCAUAUUACAGACUUGCCAUGUGUCUUCAGUUCUGAACACCUAGCCAUUUUUGAUCCACAAAAGAUGAUGUUUGGAGAGGAUGAAGAAGGGUAUCGAUGGUCUUUGACAGACGAAGAGGACAGAGAGAGCCUUCUGAACUUAAAAGAUCAGUUUCAGCCCUUUCAAAAUAUUGUCAGUCAAGUCAACAGUUGUACCUGGGAGAAGGUUAUCAGUGAGGAGCAUUACUUCAACGGAACGCUCUUCCGCUUCCCUCUUCGUAAUGAGGCUUCCGAGAUCUCAGAUAACCUAUACGACUCCACAAAAGUUAACCAGCUAUUUGACAGUUUCAUUGCUGAUGCAGACAUCAGCCUUCUUUUCCUGAGAAAUGUGUCAUCUAUCACUUUACUGCAUAUUGACACCAAUGGCUUCUGCAACAACAGGCUGAAGGUUUCAGUGUCAAAUCACAUCAUUACUGACCUUUCUCAUAUCAAGCAGGAAUUGCUUGACAGAAAAACAUGUUUUAAAACAGUAUCACAGAUUUCCCAGCAAACAAAAGAAACAAAGUCCCAGUGGCUUGUGACAACUUGCCAUCUGAAACAGGGAUAUAUACCAGAGAUUGACUCUCUAGCUAAUAAGCUGAGCUUCUACCCUCAAGUUGACACAGCAUUUCAAUUAGAUAAAGAUAGAUCACUUUGCAAUGGACGACUAAGUUGCUUUCUGCCACCAAAUAAUGAACCAAACAAAACUGGGCUUCCCAUUCACAUCAAUGCUUGUUUUGGCCUGACGGACAAUCGAAGGUUCAUCAAGUGGCAAGAAGAAGAUCAGAAGAAUGAUGAGUCUGCGAUGUGGAAUGAGCUGCUCACAAAAGUGAUCCUUCCUCAUGUAUAUCUCAUGAUGACCCUAGAUGCCAUUCAGUUAUCGGAAAAAUCAGCCCUGCCUUCUCCCACUGUGUACAAUCUUUGGCCUGACUUGUCGAAGACUGUACAUAAAGAGAGAUGGCAUGAAGUUGCAACAGAUACUCUGAAAAGGCUAUUUGACUACAAGAUCUUUCACCUCGCUGAUGAUAAGAAAAUCUGGGUGUCUGCCUCAAAUGCAGUUUUUCCAGAAAACAAUAUAUGUAGUGACACAAUGUCUGCAGUGUCAAGAUUAUUGAUUUCUAAAGGAGAGAACCUGGUCACAGUCCCAGAACAUGUUUUGAAAGCUGUUACAAAGAUCUUUCCUGAAAGCGAUACCAUGACAUGGGUGACUCCAUCUUAUGUUAGACAUGUCCUUCACAAAAGCGAGGCUGAAAAUCUUAGUAAAGAUGACAAAUACACUCUUCUUGAAUUUACUCUCAGAGAUGAAAAGUACACAGAGCUACAAGGACUUAAGCUUCUGCCUCUCAGUGAUGGAACCUUUACUUCCUUUGGCAAUGGAGUGCAGAACACUGUUUUGAUUGACAAUGAGAAGUUUCCAAGAACAUUGCUGCCAUUUUGCAAAGAAAGGUUUUUACCAAACGACCUGAGCCAUUUUUGCACUUUGCAGUUAAGGAAACUAGCAACAAAGAACAUAUACAACAUAAUCAGUUUGGAUGCACAGCAUGUUGUUACACUCAUGAAGAAACACUUACCCAUGGACUGGAAACUUACUGAAGGUCAUGUGACAUGGAAAACAGCAGAAGAUCAUCAUCCACCAAAGAGCUGGCUGGUUGAGUUCUGGAAAUUUCUAAGCACUGAAUGGAAUGACUUAAGCAGCUUUAUUGACAUGCCUUUAAUACCCCUGGAGCCACUGCAGAGUUCAAGCAAUUCUGUAUUGUUAGCAAGGUUGCAAAGUAAAACAACUUUGAUCUUUCAGAGUAGCACAGGGUCCAACUUGUCAGAUAAUGUUCAAAAAGUGUUAAAAAUGGUAGGAUGUACAGUCAUUAAAAGAGAUGAGUGUCUCAGACAUCAUUACAUUGAAAGUUAUGUUCUUCCAGCUUCACCAAGAAAUGUUCUUCAAGUCUUUGUAAACUCAAACAGAGACCAGGUCAUCAAAGGCAUUGCCUCUGCUUCAUCACAUGAAAGAGAAGAUUUAAAAGUCUACCUCUCUUCUUUGGAUUCUCUCUCAACUGCUGAACAAGACCUACUUUCCAUGUUACCUAUCUUCAGAAUGAUGUCUGGGAAACAUGUUGCAGUUAAAUCAAGACAAGCUGUUGUUUCAACCACCAAUCCAGCCAUUCCAAAUGAUCUGCCAAUGCCUGACACCAUUGUACAGUGUGCAAAUGAAGCUGAUCGCAGACUUUUGACUCUUCUAAAAAUUGAACUCUUGGAUGCAGCUAACGUGGCUGUUUAUUUGGUUGACUGCAUUAAAACAGGCUUUUUUCAAAAUGCUGAGGAACAGUCUAUAAUGACUUGGAUACUGAAUAAUGGUAGCAUUCUAUUCUCACAAAGUAAACAGCUGCUCAUAAAAAUGAAAAGUCUCAAUUUUAUCGAGGCAACACAGGGAGAACGCAAACAGGCCUCAGAUGUUUUUGAUCCAAGAAACAGGACAUUCCAGGACCUUUUUGAAACAGAUUUCUUUCCCCCACCUAUUUAUACAAAGACCCAGGAAAUGCUGCAGAGUUUGCAAUGCCUUGGCUUAAAGACGAACCAAAAGGAAAUAUCAACAACAAAUAUACUCCAAGUCAUAAAUCAUAUUGAAAAGCUUUGUGUCUACUCAUCGGACAAGGCAGUCCGAAAAGCAAAUACUCUUGUUCGAGUACUAAAUGAAAAUGAUUUCCUUUCAAAAUUCACCAAGGUGCAGAUAGGAGAUGAAAAUCCAGAGUUCUUAAAUGGAAAAAAUUGUAGAAAUCAACAGCGAAGUUUCUAUAAGCCAUCUGAAGUAAGAGAUUCAGUGUAUGCUUUAAUUGUUGGAUAUGUAAUGCCACUUACCUCUGAGCUAACAAAACAUGUCUGCAACCAUCUUGGACUUUAUGACCCCCCUCCUGCUGAAAAAGUCUUGGAGAACCUCUCUGCACUGAGAUCAAUGGUCAACCCAAAUUCUGAUUUUCAGUUUAAAACCAAGCUGCACAGUAUCUAUAAAUUCAUGCAGGACAACAAGACAAACUUCAGAGAUUUAUUGGGCACAAAUGGCAUUCCCUGGAUCUGGAAUAAAAGUGAGUUUGUCUGUCCAGAAGAUAUAGUUUUAACCUAUCCACCUGAACUGGAUCUAAGCCCUUACGUAAAGAAAGUGCCUGAAGAGUUUUUGCAGUAUGAAAGCCUGCUAACACAAUUUGGUGUAAGGAAAACAAUGUCUGAUGAGGAAAUUGAAGAUAUACUUCAUGACAUAAAACAUAGAAUUGACUACAGGCGUCCUCCUCAUGGAGACUCAACAGAACUUAAAGUGUCCAUUGCCAUUCUUGAUUGGAUGCGAAGGAAUGAGAAACAUUUAAAAUACAGCACACCUGUGCCUGUCAUGGCAGAAAACCAAAACUUUAAUCUGCAUUCCUUAUCUAAAACAGUCUUCUGUGACAUCAGUGCUGAAGGACUAGAAGACCUGAAACAGGACAAUGAAGAAUUCUAUGUCAUUCAUGUAGAAGUUCUACCCAUCACUGCAAGAUGGUUGAAAGUCCCAUUCUUGAGUACUCGCAUCUUAAAACCACAGCUUAUACAAGCAGAGCAAGCCUCCUUUGGUAUAGAACAAUGUGGGCAAUCUGAACCAAUUACUCAAAGAAUUAAGAACAUUCUUAAAGAGUAUGAUGAAGAAAGUGACAUUUUCAAAGAACUUCUACAAAAUGCUGAGGAUGCUGGGGCAAGCACAUGUAAAUUCCUUCUUGACUUCCGAAAACACAGAGACCCCCCUGAAACCCUCAUUGAUGAUGGAAUGGCCCUCUGCAAUGGACCGUGUCUUUGGAUCUUCAACAAUGAACUUUUUUCACAAGAAGACUGGGAAAACAUUGUCAAAGUGGGAUCAGCAUCAAAGGAAAACAAAGCUAAAAUGAUUGGAAAGUUUGGGCUCGGUUUUAAUGCUGUUUACCAUGUGAGUGAUAUUCCCUCAAUUUUGAGUGGAAACACCCUUCUCAUACUUGAUCCAAAUGUCACCCAUUUGGAAAAACACAUACUCAGCAAAGGAAACCCAGGAAUUAAACUUGACCCAUUCCAGGAACGUUUGUACAAAAGGUUUCCUGGACAGUUUAAAUCCUAUGAAGGAAUUUUUGAUUGUGAUUUGUCUGUGCAAAACAGCAAGAAAUCCUAUAAUGGCACCUUGAUUAAAUUACCAUUUCGCUCUCUGGAGGAGGCAAAAAAGUCAGAGAUAAGUUCAAAGGUAUAUGAUGAAAAACACAUUAGGAGUUUUAAAAAUCAUUUGACUGACAACUCACAAACUUACCUACUAUUUCUUAAAGGGGUUACAUCUAUGUCCCUUCAAAUUAUACCUGAAAAUGCAUCAACUCCCCCAAAGAAUGAUCAGAUUCAAACUCCUCUCAAUAUAUCCAGAGAAAUCAUGGCUUCAUUUACUGUCUUGAAUGACACAUUUCCUCAAGAGAUCAAGAGGACCUCCAUCAAUAAUGAUAUUAUACACCACAACAUUACUGAUGUCAACAGUGCAUACAUAGUCAAAAUAGUUCAAGAGCACUCAGAGAGAUCCAUCACCCAAUACUGGCUUUUGUACUCAUGUUUUGGAUCACAAGAUUCUUUGCAGAUUUUCCAGAAAAGAAAUGAUCAGGAUCAUGUCUUUUCAUAUCCAAUCGGUGGUAUAGCUGUACCUUUGCAAAGAGAGGCAAAAACUAACACAUGGUACCCAGAUGACAGCCUUUUUGGUCAGGCAUUUUGUUUUCUUCCUCUCUCAAUUGAGACAGGUCUUCCAUUCCAUGUAAAUGGGACUUUUGCAGUCACAUCAAAUAGGAAAGGUCUGUGGGAAAAAGGAGUGAAGUCUGAGUGGAACAAAGCUUUACUUAAAGAUGCAGUAACCUCUGCUUACAUCACAACACUGUUUGAGCUGAAGAAAAUGGCCCAAAAUGGACAUAUCCAAAACUACUGCUUCUAUUCAUUCUGGCCUAACGCAGAGAGAGUAAGCAAAGCAUUUCUACCCCUGGUUGAGUCUUUCUACUCAGCAGUUGCACAAAAUGCCAGUGGUAAAUCUCUGGAUCUUUUAAGCAAUGGACAUAAUUGGUGUUCUAUGGACAAGGCAAGAUUUCUAAAUCCAAAAAUUAAGAAGAAUCAUUUAGUUGGGCCCAUUGCCAUGAAAGUGUUCUUGAGAUUGGGAAUUUCGUAUUCCUGUGUUGUUUCUCUCCCAACAUGGGUAAGAGACAAUUUCAAUUAUUGUGGCUUCAAGGAGAUGAUAAAACAGAAAACAAUCGACUGGCCUGAGUUUUACAGCAUUAUGUUUAAGAACUUGAGUGCUGUGGCCACACAUGACAGAAAUUUGCUUGUUCUGAAUGCCAUCGACCUGAAUGAUUCUGCUGUUGAUGACCUACUAAAAAGUUACCCUUGCAUUCCAACACAGAAAUGUCAGAAGCUUCAAUUGAUCAAGCGACUUGUAAAUCCUUCUGGCAAAGUUGCAUGUUUGUAUGAACUUGAAGAGGGACGCUUUCUUGAAGGAUUUGCAAAUGACUUCCUCUCACCAAAAAGGAUUCAGAGACUUUUAGAUUUGGGAAUGCUGAGUGACCACCUCCCUUUAGAAGACAUCAUAGAAAGAGCAGAGAAGAUAUCCAGUGUUUGGCAACAGGAUAAAUCAAAAUUUUAUAAACGUCUUCAGUGUCUCAUGGACUCAGUGAAAGACGCCUCAGAUGUGAAUUCCCUGCACUGGCACACACUGUCUCAGAUACCAUUCCUUCCUGCCUUAGCUCCUUUAGAUCAGCAAAACAAGAACAAGAUCAUUCUUCAAAAACCCUCUGAAGUGUACAGGGAUGGCUGUCGCAAUUUAGUAAGCAUGAAAGAAUUCACAGUUGACCAUUUAAACCUUCAAGUACAUGAUUUGGUCCUCCAAAAAUUGAAAGUACAGACAAAUCCACCAGUUGAGACAGUUCUUCAGCAGCUGUUAAAAGCACACCAAUACUGCAGUGUAUUUGAAAAGUCUGUUCUCUUCAAUAUUGCUCAGUCUUGCUAUGAAUAUCUCAACAAUUACUUGUUGGAACAGAAAGAUUCAACUCUAAUUAUUGGUCAUGCAAAAUCAUUUCCAUUCAUUUUCAUUGAGGAUCGUUUUGUAAAUGUGAAGGCAGUGGCCAAGAGUGAAGAAUUUGAAAAGAAACCAUAUCUCUAUGUGCUUCCAGUCAUCUUUUCCAAAUUUGAGAGGCUGUGGGACUGCAUUGAUGUCAAAAAACAAUUCACAAAAGAGCAAUUUGUUGCAGCACUUGAGGAAAUGAAGGCUUUAUAUGGGUCUUCCCCUCUUUCCAUUAAAGACCUCCAUAACUGUGUUGCUAUACUUGUAAAUGGGCUGUACAAAAUCAAUGAGAAACUUACAAACUGUCUCAUACCCGAUGAAAGAAGGGUGCUGACAUGUUCUAAAGAGCUGAGAUUUAAUGACAGCCCAUGGAUGCCUAUCUCUGCAGGUGUCAUGCUCUCCCAUGAGCUGAUAUCUCGAACUGUGGCCUGUCAUUUUGGUGUAAUGACAACAAGACACCAUACUUUGAAGAAUCAUUUUGUCAGUGCGUUUUCCCUUCAGGCCAAAGAGUUUGGACAAACUGAGAAACUAACUGUCAGGUUAAAAAAUAUAAUUGAUGCAUAUCCAUCUAAAAAAGAUAUUUUGAAAGAGCUCAUUCAAAAUGCUGAUGAUGCAGAGGCUACAGAAAUUCACUUUGUGUGGGACAAAAGAAAUCAUGAGACAAGAAAGACAUUUGGAAAGAAAUGGGAACUGGUUCAAGGCCCAGCCCUUUGUGUGUACAACAACAAAACAUUCUCUGAUGCUGAUUUGCAGGGUAUUCAGCAGCUGGGAGAAGGAGGAAAACAUGGAAGUUUAGGGAGAACUGGGAAAUACGGACUUGGCUUCAAUUCAGUGUAUCAUCUCACAGAUUGUCCAUCUAUCCUGACUGGUGACAAAUGGCUCUGUAUUUCUGAUCCAAAUCUAAAAUACAUGGAAGGUAUAACAAAACAAUCCCCAGGCUGCAUGUUUUUAGUGCAAGAUGAAUUUAAAAAGUCUUUUGAGGAUGUUUAUCAUACUUUUCUUCCAGAAAUGUUUGCACUGACUUCUGGAACAAUGUUCAGGCUCCCUCUCAGGACAGAGAAAAUGGCAGAAAAAUCGGAAAUUUCUAGACAUACAGUCACAGAUCGUGACAUGAAUGAACUUUACUGUGCCUUGACUGAAGAUCCUGAAGGACUGAUUAUUUUCUUGAAACACAUCACAAAAAUACAGUUUUCAGAGAUCAGUAAAGAUGGGAAAAAAACUAAUUGUUCUUUCAUUAUUGAAAAGAAAUACACAGAGAAGAGCAUGUUAAGCAAGAAAAACUUUAACAGACAUGUUCAAGAAUCCCUUAUUUCAAGAACAGCAGAACCCUGCAAAACCAUCUAUGGCAUGCAAAUCUCAUCUGGAAAAAAACAGUCAAGUCAGUGGGUCAUCGCAGAGGGCUUUGGCUUUUCAAAACCAAACUAUAAGCAAAAAAACAAGCAAGAUCUUUUCAAAGUUCCCCAAGCUGCUCUGGCUGCAUGCUGGGGCAGCCCAUUCAACCACAUAUUUACUGGUAGGGCAUUUUGUUCUUUGCCUUUACCUGGACAAACUGGUUUACCAGUUCAUGUGAAUGCAAAUUUUGAAGUAGAUUCUUCUAGAAGGGACUUGUGGAAAGAGGAUGGUGAUAGUCUGAAGACUGAGUGGAACCAGUCGCUGAAAGUAAACAUCAUUUCACCACUCUAUGCUGACCUCCUGGUGCGUCUUUGUUCAGUCAUGAAGACAGAUACACCUACAGCUCUUGUAUUCCUCAAGCCACAGCUAGAGAGUUCUUGCCUUAACUACUUCCCAUGUAUUUCACCAAAAGUAGACCACGUCUGGCAUGAGAUGAUUCAUGAGGUCUACAGAUCAAUUAACCAACGUGACCUUCCUGUCAUACCCACAGUACAUGUUGUUCCUGUUGAGUCAUCACAUCUUUCACAAGAUAUAAAAAUACAAAAAUACACAGUUACCUGGUGCAGUACAUCUGAAACACAUUCAGAAAAUUGUCCAUAUUUUACAAAUGAGGCCCAUGAUGGAAUUCUUGAAAUUCUAGAUAGCACCGGGAUGAAAUUAGUGCCUCACUCUUGGAAAAUGCAUGAAAUAAAAGAGAAUUUUAAAGCAGCUGGUGUGAAUAUGAUGGAAAUCACUGCUUUAACAGUGAUGAACUUCUUGAAGCAAAGAUCACUGAAUGAUCCUUCUCAGACAACUGGUAGUUUGCCUUUACCUAUCAACCAGACCUUGAUCAAAAACAAAUCAAGAUGCUCAAAACUUUUGAACUUCUGCUUGACAAGUGAGAAAAAAAAUGAGAAAAAUAUCCUUGACCUCAAUGGGUUGCCUCUUCUUCUCAUGGAAGAUCAGAUGUUAAGAGUCUUUGACUCUAGAUGCCCUAAGUUGUUCUCAAGAUUUAGCAGCAUUUUCCAAGGACAUCAGGAAAUGUUUGUAGAUUUGGAUGUCAACAGAAAUCUUGUAAAAAUUCUGUUUGAGGGAAAGUUUAUUAAGGAUUUAACAAUUGACAUAGCCGCAACGUAUUUGAAACCAGAAAUCAAAUUACUGUUCAGAGAGUCAGUACCUGAUCAAAGGUAUCAGCUCUACAACGCAGAUACAGAGAAAAUCAAAUGGCUGAAAACACUGUGGGCCUUCUUCGAAGAUCAAGACAAAUGCUUCCAAAAUGGGAAUGUAAAUGUCUUCAGUGAAAUAAAAAAGCACUUUGACAACAGUCCUAUUUUACCAGUAAUCUGUCCCAGGCAAAAUAACACACGUUUCUUACAAACAAUGAAGAACAUAUUAAAAGUGGUUCAGAAUGAAAAUGAAAAAAUAGCGUCCAUUCUCAUAAACCUGGGAUUCAUGAAAAUAGACUUAGUCUUUUUCACUGAUUUCAGUUUUGAAUUCCGUCACAAGCAUAUGAAUACAGAGCUCCUGCAAACAGGAGACAGCAGUGCUGUCUUGGAGCAGGUGUACCAUGUAGCACAAUCACAAUUUGAGGAGCUGUCUAAAGAUGAAUGUCAAGAACUUCAGAGCUUCUUACAGCGUGGGAUCAGAGGUUCCAGUAACAAGAGUCAACAUGUGUUGAUGCUCAAGUCCUUGACCCUGUUUGAGUCAAUAUUUGGAAAACGGGAAAGGAUUGAUUUACACAGAAGAGUAUUCCUUCUAAAUUCCAAGCAUCAGAAAGACUUUCCAAAUUUGUUCUGUGUCGAUGGAUGUGACAGUAUCUUCCUCAAACACAGUUUGGUAAACUUGGAAUUGUCACAAAUUCUGAGCAUUCAGGUUCUAGAUGAUUUGGAGUUCUGUGUACAGUUUAUUCUUCCUUCUGUGCACACAAUGAAAGAGGCCAAACUUCUUGAUUUCAUGCGGUUGUUAGUGGAACUUGGAACAGUGGAUCACAGGAUUGUCUCUGCACUGAGAGAGGUCAGAUUUAUUCGAGACAUCCACGGAUCUCUUCAGAUGGCUUCGUACUUCUAUGAUGACAGUGUUUACCUUUACCAGGUAAUGCUUCCAAAAGAGAGAUUUGUGCCUAAAACAUUUUGGGAAAAUUUUAAAGAUAAAUAUAAUGAAGCACAUCGUUUCUUGAAGGAAAUUGGAUUGAAACAUCAAGUGUCUGAUGAGGAAAUCAUUCAGUUUGCAAAACAAAUUGAAUCUGAAACUAGAGGCAACACUCCUUUAGAUGUUCUUAAAACAAAAUCACAACACCUGUUUAGGACCGUUUUAAGUAGUUAUGACAAAAAGUCUGAUUUACUGAACAGAGUUGCUAACAUUAAAUUCAUCUUCCCAGUGCAAAUUCAUCAAACACUUUGCGAUUAUCACAAGGCAUUUGCUCAAGAGAGGGAGGUUGUUGCAAUCAGUGGAUCACUUGGUAGCAGAGACAGUGAUCACCAAUACCUUAUAUGGACAUCUAUGCCAAUCCUGCCUUUAGAAUACUGCUCUCCACAACAAAUAAAGAAAAUCAAAGAUGCUGGGGCAUUGGAAACUCCACCCCCUGAAAAAAUAGCUUCUAAUCUGAAAAACAUCUGUAAAUCUCAGUGCCACAAAGACGAUCUGCUAAAAACGAAAACUAUGGUGUUUAUAAAAUCAUACGCACACCUGCAGUCAAUAAACUUUGAUGCCUCUCUAUUCUCAGACCUUCCCGUUAUCCUUGUGGAAAAUGGCACAACCCUUGUGAAAGCUUGCCAGACAGUACUUGUACUGUCUGAUGCUCUAGAGUUUAGGCCUUACUUGUACAACAUUCCUUCAAUUUAUAUGAAAUUUGAAGACUUCUUCAAGAAGAUCGGAGUAGAGGAAAGGCCCACCAUCAAGCAAUAUAGCAGUGUUCUUCAAGAUAUCUAUUCUGAGAGCUCUGAUAAAGACAAUCUUCAAGCAAAUCAGAAGAAAACUGUGAAACGUGCUGUACAACAGCUAUUUUGCCUCCUCAAAGAGGAACAACAGAAACCUCUUUUUCAAAAUAACCCACUUUAUCUUCCUUCAACAGAUGGAAAAGUCUAUGAAUCCAGCACUUUGUUUUUUAAUGACACUGUCUUCCAGGCUGCAAGACUUGAGGGUCCUUUGGAAACCAAGUUGAAACUGCUAGAAAAAUUCAACUACUGUCAUCUUGGAAAUGAUCACUAUGAACAUCAAACAUUGUUGCAGUUCCUUCCCGAGCAUGUUCGGCCCAAAUUUCUUUCGGAUGUAAUUUCUGAAAACCUGGAUGGAACAAGUGUCCAGUAUUGCAAUUAUGAAGGGGAGUGUGAAUUUGGUGGCUGGUUUGACAAACACUUGUCUUCGGCCUCAUUUCUUCAUGGAUUAGUCUGUCUCAUCAGAGAAGAGAGCAAUGGCAGUGUUUCACAUUGUGAGGCUGCAGAAAAGUGUGAGGAAAUCUUUUCUAAGAUUCAAAUUAUUUGUUGUAAAACUCUUCAAACUGAGCUCCUGUUGAACCUUGUGGCACUUGAGGGUAGUAAGGCUGAAACAAAUGUUUAUGUGAAAAAACAGCAAGGUGGAUGUAGUUUCUACUUGAAACACAAUGAUGACAUGGCACCCAAAGUAGUAAAUGAAGUUAAUAUGUGUCUAUCGAGAGAAAUCAAUGCUCUUCUAAAGAACUGUCUGACCACUUCAAGCCUUCUAGUCCUUGGACAACUUUUAUUGUGUGAUAACAUGGAGGAUGUUGAGAAAACAUUGGCAAAUCAUGGCAUUCAUAAUAGCUACAAGGCAGAAGGACAAGGUUCCUUACCAAAACCUGGAUGUUGUAUACCUGAAGAAUGGCAUGACUGUCUUGAUAUGAACUUCCUCAACAACUUUGAAAGUGGAGAGUAUGUUGGCUUCAGCAAGGACAAUUCUGGUGAAUAUUUCUACGCCAUUGUUAUUGAGCGAGUGAACGAUCCACUGGGACUAGACAGACAAUUUCCUGCCAGAUAUAAAAUUCAGGUUGACAGCAAUGCCUUCGCUGAAGUAAGCUCUCUUGACCUCUACCAGUUUAAAAGAGAAAAGAAGGCAACUUUAUCAAAAUCAUCCACUUGCACAGAUAUAGAACGUCUUUUGACAUCUAGGCCAACUUCUCCACCCAAAACAGUCUUUCCUGAGACAUUGGAAGAGAUUAAAAAAGAAAUUGACCAAAGUUUAAACAAAAUCUGGAAAAUGUCAGAUGAGGACAAACAAAAAGCUCUUAAACGUCUCUACCUCCACUGGCAUCCAGACAAGAACCCAGGCCACGAAGUCCUUGCCACAGAGGCAUUUAAAUACCUGAAAAACAGAAUUGCGGAACUAGAAAGUGGUAAAACUGCACAUAGCACACCCUCAAACUGGAGAGACUUUCGAGAUUUCUAUGACAUGUGGAACACAGAGGCACGAAGUCACAGGAGGGGACGUGAGAGGUUCUAUCAGAACUUUUCUAGAAGGCACUAUAACUUUUGGUCAUACCACAGAGAAACUCCAAGGCCUAACAAACAGGAGGCAAAACGCUGGUAUGAACAGGCUCGAUGUGACAUCAAAGCAGCUCAUAAUGACACUGGAGGAGAUAGUUCAGAGUGGUGUCUGUUUAAAGUGCAUCAGGCUGUGGAAAAAGCACUGACAGCAGCGAUGUACAGGGGAAGUGGACAACAACCCAACAACUGCUCAAUAACUAGCCUGGCUCUACAGGUGUCCCAUCUCAGCUCACAGCUGGCUUCUUUACCAAACACUGUGAGGCUACUGACUGACCUCGGUGUUGAUGGCAAAAAAACACAGUAUCCAAACUAUCACCAAUUUCCUCACAUUCCAAACAAGCAAUUUGGCAUUAAUAAUGCCAUAAGGGCACUGGAUAUUGCAACAAAGCUUUUGGAAAAAAUAGAAGAAUACAUCUAUUGAGAUUUUAUACUGUUCGAUAGAGGAAAUAAUUAGGAUAUUUUUGUUCUUGUUUUUGUAUGUUUAGAACUGUUAAAACUGUUAACACCAAUUUCCUCACAUUCCUAACAAUCUUUUAUUAAUAAUGACCAUGAGAGCAUUGGAUAUUGCAACAAAGCUUAUAAUCUUAUAAUCUUGGCAAUCAAAUAUUUUUUUUUUACAUAUUUAGCACCGUUAACAUGCUUAAUGGAAAAUUUUAAAUAUUUGUAACCAUGUUUUGAUCAUUUUCAUCCUGAUUAUAUUUUUGCUUACUAUUAUAUGCAAUGUUUAUUUCAUUAGGCAUUCUUGUAGCAAACAGUAGAGCAUAGCUUUAGCAAUAGCAAUGUCAGUUUAAUUGAAUUCAGUUUCCAGAGACUAAAUGAAAUAAAAUGUUUAUCUUAAA